AUGUCCGCCUCUAAAGCCGCGACAUACCUGAGCCUUCUCGAUACCGCCCGCUGCAAUGGCGACUGGUCAUCCGUCCCAGAGCUCGUUCGCAAGCUGACCAAGCACGGUGGAGCUGCUAGGAAGUGUAUCACCGAAACCGCUCUCCUCGACCACGACACCUCUCCUCAACGUCUAUCACACUCCCUUCAUAAGAAUGCUACCAUUGUUGUCUCUGCAUCCGCCCUUUCGAAAGCUUCUGCUACUCAAGCAUCGACCGCCAAUGCUGCUUCAACUCUCGUCAGCAUCUCAGCCCUAGCCCAAACCUUCGAAGAGGAAAUUGCCCGUUUCAAAGCGGACAAUGCUGCCGCUGCCGCUCAAGCCGAAGAGGUUGAUGCUACUGCUAAACGGAAAUCCAAAAAGUACUCGGAACACAUCGUCACAAGCGAGGAAGAAAUCUACCAAGCAGAGGUUACAUUAGCAUACCUUCACCACCUGCUACAAGCCCACCGAAUCGUCCUCCAAAUAUUACCGCCACAACCACCUCCUCGAGACCAGAUCACCCAAGAAUGGACCAAAGUCUGCGCAAUAAAGGCUUUAUGCCUCAAGGGUAUGGCCCAGGAGGCCCUCAAAAUGAAGGAGGAAGCGAUACAAACAUACAAGGGUCUACCGAUCCCCGACUUUAGCAGCGGAGUCGGUUCCUCCGGGUCAGAAGCGAUUUGGUGGAUUAGAAAGACACUCUCUAGAUUCGCUAUUGCCAGCUGGGAACUAUUUGAGGGUGUCGAGAGCCCUGACACGCCACGGGAAGCGCAUGCGGAUGACGAGUAUGACGAAGAGGAAGGUCUCGACGAACUGGAUGCCGCACACGCAGCGCUCAACCCUGUCAGAGAAGAAACAGAGGAGACACCAAGCUCGACAGAAUCAUCGUUAAACAGACCCGAACUCAAAAGAGUUCUCUCAGAGUCCGGCCUAAUCGGCGCCUUCCGGGCCUACCACGCCUUCUCAAUGUCUCUCGCGGAAAUUAGGCCUAUCAGCGCUACGGCAGCGGCUAGUACCCUCAUGAAGUCCGAUAAGUCUAGCGCUGAGGAUGAUGCUUCUCGCAAAACUAUCUACGAAACUUAUCUCAAAGUCGUUUCCAAAUAUCUGAAGACACAAAUCGACCGUGAUGAGGAGAUCUCAGACGAUCUAAGAGCCGAAAUAUCAUCUAUCGAGAAAAUCUAUGAAUCUCUCCUACUGAAAGUCACCAAGUUUCCCCACGCUUCUAAGGUCAAUCAAGACGUUUUAAUGUGGGUCGACACUGUCGUAGCCAAUUGGACCAUCCUAGGCUCACAAGGCUCGGACGCCGGCCGCGUCGUUGAAAUCUUGUACCGCGCUGCUGGCAAAACUUUCCAUUCCCCCAGGAUCCUCCGCCAUCUUUUCAUAACCCUCACGGCAAUGGGCAACUUUCACGACGCCCAUCUCUCUCUAGAUACAUAUAUCACCCUCAUAAAACGUGGUAAAGCUAGGAUAGAAAAAGAGAAGUCCGGAGCUCACUCAACAGGUGAAGAGGAUUUCGACACAGAUAGCCAGAUCCUUACAACUUGCGUUCAGGGAAUCCGUUUUCUAGCCAAGUACUUCCCAGAAGAGUCUACCAAAGCCAUGGAAAUAGCUUCCACGAUCAAAACCUGGAUAUUCGAAUGGAAAACUGAGGAUCAGUCCAUCUUGGGUCUGGUCUGGCGGGGUAUCGGACUUGCAAACGCAUCUUGGUCGCAUCAAACUGUAGAAAGCACGCAACGAGCCGAGAUUCAAGACCGCGCUAUCGCAGCUUUUAAGAAGAGCUUAGAGUAUCAACCCGAAGGGUUCGAAGCGCUAUUUGAUCUUGGUCUAAUGUAUGCCGAAACACGAGAUAUCGACUCCGCGAUUGAUGCAAUUAGAGGAGUUGCGGAGAUGCAGGAGAAGUGUGUCCCGGCUUGGCACCUACUUACAUUACUUCUUACAAGCAAAGGAGAUUGGGACACCGCAUUGACUGUUAGCGAGGCUAUAUUUCAACUCAUCGAUGAGAAUGAGCAGUUAACACUAGGGUUGGGAAAUCGCGAUGGGCUGGUGGAAAUCAAGAUUACACAACUAGCGAUCAUCGAGAUGCUAGAAGGCCCAGAGAGCGCUGUUAACCUUGCAGAUGAAUUACUCGGACUUUACACCCGGUUAUUCCCUGGUGUUCUCUCAUCUGCUGCAGCUGUGAGUAUGAGGGAUAGCGUAAUGGACGCCGAUAGACCUAUAACCAGAGGUAGAGCGGGUACCACCGGCGGAAUGCCUGCAAUCCAAGUCACAGACGUAAAAGGUGCGUCAGAUAGCGAAGUGGUAUCCAAACGGUCUGGAGCAACCCCUAGACCGACCACCCGUGGUAGUUCCCUGGGAAGAAACAGUCUUCGAAAGAAACGGCGUAGUAUGGUUGAGCCUCUCACCGAUGACGAGAAAUCCAAAGAAGGACCUAAUAAACUCCACCGUACUCCGUCUCAAAAAUCCGCGAAGAGUACAAAAUCUUCCAAGAGUCUUGGUGCAAAAAGUGCCAAAUCACAUCAUACUUCCGCUGGAAAGUCCAUCUCCCCAUCUGUCGCUGCAGAAAAUGUCGGGGCUCAGGCGGUACAGGUUAAUAGGCCAAUGAGUCAAACACCGUCUGUCCUCUCCGAGAAGAAUAAUAUUCCGCAUAAUCUACCAGCUGAGGCAGUACCCAGUCCGAUCAAACAGCUUACGGAUGACAGACCGUUGUUGAAUCGGCCACCAUAUCUGAGAGAGCCGAUACUGAGCGAGCUAGACGAAAAGAAAAGCGUCGAGGGAAUUUUGAAGAAGAUUUGGUUAGUUGUUGCUGGGCUCUAUAGACGGGCGGAGAUGUUCGAGGAUUCUAAGGUGGCGGUUGAGGAAGCUGCCGGGGUCGCUGAGGGAGGAAAGGUUGAAGGUGGGGUUGAUGCAGAUGUUUGGGCCGAGCGCGGAUUCCUCUCCCUCUCUCAGAACCAAAGCUCAGACGCCCAAAAGCAUUUCGAAACAGCGCUAGCCUACUCCCCAGAUCAUGCACUAGGAAUAGUCGGCCUCUCGCGAGUAUUACUGCUCGACGAAAAGAACUCAACAGCGAGAGACCGAGCGAGCGGGUUAUUACAGACUUUGACAAAACUGGGCAAUGGAUGGGAUAUGAGUGAGGCGUGGUUUGAAUUGGCUAGGGAGUAUGAAAUGAGUGGAGGAAUUGAGAAGGCGAAGGAUAUCUAUUGGUGGGUCGUCAAGUUGGAAGAUACUAGGGGGGUUAGGGGGUGGGCGUGCGUGGUCCCGAAGGUUUUGUAG